CCCAGUCUCUGAGAAAAAAAGCAAAAAAUCAAACAUACAGAAAAAGAGAUAGAGGGAGAGAGAGAGAUACUCCAUGUUCGAAACAGAGCAUACUCUCGUGCCUCUUCUUCUUCUCCCAUCACUUCUAUCUCUUCUCCUCUUCUUGAUUCUCUUGAAGAGAAGAAGUCGACACAGUUUCAAUCUCCCUCCUGGAAAAUCUGGAUGGCCAUUUCUAGGCGAAACCAUCGGAUAUCUCAAACCUUACUCUGCCAAAACUCUCGGUUACUUCAUGCAACAACAUAUCUCCAAGUAUGGGAAGAUAUAUAGAUCGAAUUUGUUUGGAGAACCAACGAUCGUAUCAGCUGAUGCAGGACUCAACAGGUUCAUAUUACAAAACGAAGGAAGACUCUUUGAAUGUAGUUAUCCUCGAAGUAUUGGUGGGAUUCUUGGGAAAUGGUCGAUGCUUGUUCUUGUUGGAGACAUGCAUAGAGACAUGAGAAGUAUCUCGCUAAACUUUCUAAGUCACGCUCGUCUCAGAACGAUUCUUCUUAAAGACGUUGAGAGGCACACUUUGUUCGUUCUUGAUUCUUGGCAACAACAUUCUGUUUUCUCUGCCCAAGAUGAGGCCAAAAAGUUUACGUUUAAUCUAAUGGCGAAGCAUAUAAUGAGUAUGGAUCCUGGAGAAGAAGAGACAGAGCAGUUAAAGAAAGAGUAUGUGACUUUUAUGAAAGGGGUUGUUUCUGCUCCUCUCAAUCUCCCAGGAACUGCUUAUCGUAAAGCUCUCCAGUCACGAGGGACGAUAUUGAAGUUUAUUGAGAAGAAAAUGGAAGAGAGAAAAUCAGAGAUUCAGGAAGAAGACGAAGAAGAUGAAGCAGAGAUUAGUAGAAGUGAUCAUUAUGAGAGAAAACAUAGAGCAGAUGAUGAUCUUUUGGGAUGGGUUCUAAAACAUUCCAAUCUCUCGACUGAGCAAAUUCUCGAUCUUAUUCUCAGUUUAUUAUUUGCCGGACAUGAGACAUCAUCUGUAGCCAUCGCUCUCGCUAUCUACUUCUUGCAAGCUUGUCCUAAAGCCGUUCAAGAACUUAGGGAAGAGCAUCUUGAAAUCGCGAGGGUGAAGAAGGAACUUGGAGAGUCAGAAUUGAAUUGGGAUGAUUACAAGAAAAUGGACUUUACUCACAGUGUUAUAAAUGAGACUCUUCGACUAGGAAAUGUAGUAAGGUUUUUGCAUCGUAAAGCACUCAAAAACGUUCGGUACAAAGAAAUAGGAUACGAUAUCCCAAGGGGGUGGAAAGUGUUACCAGUGAUCUCAGCCGUACAUUUGGAUAAUUCCCGUUACGACGAACCUAAUCUCUUUAAUCCUUGGAGAUGGCAACAGGUUUUGGUAGAUUAGAUUUGACCUACGAUGGUACCACGGCAUUGACGGAUCUCACAUCACACGCCCGACGACUCGUACGUGUAGUAUUAGGUUCUGACACGUUGACCAGUCUCACUCUCUACUAAAUAAUUUAUCAAAUCGGCGAAGUAUAAAAAAACAAUUAUGUUGUGGGAUAGUCAUAUUUUGUUUAAAUAAAAUAAUAAUGGGAGUUAUGAUGUUAGAGUGAGUGGGGAAGGUAUGAUUAAUGACCCACGUUGUGUGGUGCCAACAUGCACUUGUUCUUCUUCACUUUUCUCUCUACUUGCUCUCUAAAACUGUUUGUCGUUUUGA